UUCAUUCAUUCAUUCAUCUUCGUUUCUCUCUCAUUCCUUUUUAUCACAAACGAGUCACGACUCACCUCUCCCGAGUCACCAACUCACUGUUCUCUCUUCAACAAUUCAUCCGCACGUUCGUUCGUUCAUUCAUUCAUUCCACUUUUUAUUCUCUCCGUUUCCCACAUAUUUCGAAUUCAACAACAUCCAAAUCAAAUUGUCUCCUCCAAAUUCCAAAUCACGUUUGGAUCGGAAUCAAAAUUUGGAUCGUUUUCGCGCGGAAAUCUGGAAUUCUCGUGAUCCGAGCUCGGAGUUUUUUCUUGGAGAACGCGAUUAGGGUUUUCUUUCGAGCUCUCCAGAUUCAGCAUCAAUGGCGUCGUUAUGGAAGGAAUGUAGGAGAACGACAUCGUCGCGCUAGUGAAAUCGGAUCGCGCGAAAUUCCGAUUUCCGAUGGGAAACAACUGCGUGGGACCUGCCACCGGCGGCGGAAACACCUUCCUCCAAUCCAUGUCGGCGGCGGUCUGGAGGACGCGGCCGCCGGAGGCCAGGCUCCCGGCUCCAGACGGCUCAUCCACAGCAGCAGCCACUAGCAACAGGGAGACUCCGUCACAGUCUCCGGCGCCAUCAAUUCCCGCUCCGAGAACCACCACCGCGGCCGUAGGAGGCAGCAAAGUCCCCGAGCAAAUUGCUGUUCAGAGCACGCCUCCUGUAACGGUUAAAAUAACACCCUCGGAAACAAAACCGGCCCAACAGGCCCAAAAACCGGCUCAACCGACUGAAAAACCUGCUCAACCAGCUCAACAACAAGCUCAACCGGCUAAACCGGUGGCGAAUAAUGAACCUCCACCAAACACUGGUGGUAAUGGUGGUGGUGGUGAUGGAGGAGCUAACAAACCUACUCACGUGAAGAGAGGUUCAACCAUUGGGCUUCAAGUGGAUUCUGUGUUGGGUACGACAACCGGAAACUUGAAGGACCGGUUUAGCUUGGGUAGGAAGCUAGGGCAAGGUCAAUUUGGGACAACUUUCCUUUGCUUGGAAAAGGGUACAAACAAAGAAUAUGCAUGCAAAACAAUUUCCAAGAGGAAAUUGACAACAGAGGAGGAUAUUGAAGAUGUUAGGAGGGAGAUUAGAAUCAUGCACCACUUGGCUGGUCAUCCAAAUGUGAUUUCCAUUGUUGGUGCUUAUGAAGAUGCCGUUGCUGUUCAUCUUGUUAUGGAGCUUUGUGCUGGUGGAGAGCUUUUUGAUAGGAUCAUACAGAGAGGGCAUUAUACUGAGAGAAAAGCUGCUAAACUUGCUAGGGUCAUUGUUGGUGUUGUUCAGGCUUGUCAUUCUUUGGGUGUCAUGCACAGAGACUUGAAGCCGGAGAAUUUCUUGUUUGUUGACCAUGAGGAGGAAUCAUUGCUUAAGGCUAUUGAUUUUGGGCUCUCAAUGUUCUUUAAACCAGGUGAAAUGUUUACUGAUGUGGUUGGAAGUCCAUAUUAUGUGGCCCCUGAAGUUUUGCGGAAGCACUAUGGGCCAGAAUGUGAUGUAUGGAGUGCUGGGGUGAUCAUCUAUAUUUUACUUAGUGGGGUUCCCCCAUUUUGGGAUGAAACGGAACAAGGAAUUUUUGAGCAAGUUUUGAGAGGAGAUCUUGACUUUGUUUCUGAACCGUGGCCUAGCAUAUCUGCAGGUGCAAAGGAUCUUGUUCGAAGAAUGCUCAUAAGGGACCCUAAGAAGAGGUUAACAGCACAUGAAGUUCUUUGCCACCCUUGGGUUCAGGAAGGAGGUCUUGCUCCUGAUAAACCGUUGGAUUCUGCUGUUUUAUCUCGUCUCAAGCAAUUCUCUGCGAUGAACAAGUUGAAAAAGAUUGCCAUUCGAGUAAUUGCUGAAAGUCUCUCUGAGGACGAAAUUGCAGGACUGAAGGAAAUGUUCUCAAUGAUAGACACAGAUAAUAGUGGACAGAUCACUCUUGAGGAACUGAAAAAGGGUUUGGAGAGAGUGGGUGCUAAUCUUAAAGAAUCCGAGCUUCUAUGGUUAAUGGAAGCAGCAGACGUUGAUAACAGUGGUACCAUAGAUUAUGGUGAAUUUAUAGCAGCAAUGCUUCAUCUAAACAAAAUCCAGAAGGAGGAUCAUCUAUAUGCUGCCUUUACUUAUUUUGACCAAGAUGGUAGUGGAUACAUUACAAAGGAAGAGCUUCAACAAGCUUGUGAAAAGUAUGGAAUUCUAGAUGGUAACAUAGAUGAUAUAAUACGCGAAGUUGACAAGGAUAAUGAUGGACGCAUUGAUUACAGUGAGUUUACUGCAAUGAUGCAAGAAACUGACUUUGGCAAAAUUGGUCUACCUAAAGCAUGAGUAAAAAUUGUGGCUGGCUUCAAAGCAUUAAUGAACUCUUUCAUGGUCAUGCCAAAAUGAGGGAUAGAUGUUGAUAGAUAAAGUAUCAGAUAGAUAUAUAUAGCAUCAUCUUCAGAUCUCUUCCAUGUGCCAGAUUAUGUAAGUGCUUGCCCUUACACAAUGCUUUAGCUUCAAGGAGAGGAAGCAUGAACCACAUUGCUUAUAACCAGUCCUUUAUGUAUUUACAAAUCAUUUUCUUAGUUGAACAUAAUCAAGUAUGCAGCAGUAGUAGAUUAUCACAGUUUUCUUUACACCCUUUAAAAUCUAUUACCCUUUUUUUCUUGGGGGUAAAAUAGAUGUGGUAGAAUGAGAUCUCAUCAUCACUUUCAAACCAACCAUUUGCUCAUGCUGAAUAUCAUGUUGUAUCAACACAUGUAUUGAUGUAUAGACUAUAGAGCUAAGUAAUUUGUGUACCUUUUUUCUUUUUUCUUCUUUCCGUUAAUGGGGCUACAUAUAUAUUCAGUGUACCUAUUUUGUUUGA